AGCGGAGGCUUUAUGCCGCUGUCACGCUCAUACUCGUUGUGUUUGGAACCACCUGCGUCCUGUCACUCCUGUCAAGAGUAGAGUGUAUCGCCGGUCAAAGAUUCGCGAUGCGAAGCGAAGACUGCGGUAGCGGAAGAUGGGCUUCAUCGAGGACACUAUCGUGAUUCUCGUAACACAGGUAAUUUUUUUCCUAGGAGGAUGGGUGUUCUUUGUGAAGAAAUUAUUCAGGGAUUAUGAAGUCCAUCAUAGAUUAGUACAACUAAUUUUCUCGACAACAUUUUCGUUGUCGUGCACCAUGUUCGAGUUAAUCAUCUUUGAAAUAGCAGGAGUGCUCGACUCGAGUUCUAGAUACUUCCAUUGGAAUGCUGGCCUUUACAUGCUCCUAUUUAUGGUGAUAGUUCUGAUUCCAUUUUAUAUUGCAUAUUUUAUUAUCAGCAAUAUCAGAUUUGUAAGACUGAAUUUAAUACGGCCAUUGACGGUUGUCAUAUAUCUUUUCUAUCUCUACCUGUUCUGGAAAGUGGGUGAUCCUUUCCCAAUACUGAGUCCCAAGAAAGGGCUGUUGUCUAUAGAGCAGGGCGUCAGCCGAAUAGGUGUUAUAGGUGUCACAGUAAUGGCCCUUCUGUCGGGUUUCGGCGCUGUAAAUUAUCCGUACACUUCAAUGGCUUAUUUUAUGCGUCCAGUUUCUUACACGGACGUGCAGGCUAUAGAGAAACGAUUGUUGCAAACUAUGGACAUGAUUAUCGCAAAGAAGAAACGAAUCGCAUUAGCUAAAAAGGGCGAAGCUGAUGGACAAACCGAAACUCGAUCUCGGCUAUGGGGAAUGUUGAAUCCGUUAGGUGGUACAAAGGGAAACCAAGAAAGUAUCAAGCAGUUACAAAUCGAAGUUACCGCUUUAGAGGAGUUGUCACGGCAGUUAUUUUUGGAAGCGCACGACAUACAGAAUGCGAGAGAGCGCCUGGAGUGGGCCGCCACGUGGCAAGGGAAAUAUUUCAACUUCCUCGGUUAUUUCUUCUCUUUGUACUGCACUUGGAAGAUAUUCAUUUCUACAAUCAACAUAGUGUUCGAUCGAGUCGGCAAAAAAGAUCCUGUAACCAGAGGAAUCGAAAUUGCAGUGCAUUGGAUCGGUUUCAAUAUCGACGUUACAUUUUGGUCGCAGCACAUUUCUUUUUACCUUGUCGGCUGCAUUGUUGUGACGUCCAUACGUGGAUUAUUGUUAACUCUGACAAAGUUUUUCUAUGCCAUAUCGAGCAGCAAGUCAUCAAAUAUUAUUGUACUUAUACUUGCGCAAAUAAUGGGAAUGUAUUUUGUAUCUUCUGUACUUCUUAUGCGGAUGAACAUGCCGGCAGAAUACCGCAUUAUAAUAACGCAAGUAUUAGGAGAAUUACAGUUCAAUUUUUAUCAUAGAUGGUUUGACGUUAUUUUCUUGGUAUCAGCGUUAUCGUCAAUCGUGUUUUUAUAUUUAGCUCACAAACAUGCACCAACGGAACGUAUAUAACGAAAUAAAGGUACUUUUCGAGAGAAAUCUCAUCGACCUUA